CAUUCGUUUGACCGGUACAGGAUUUUGAAAUAUUUUCCUUCAAGUUCAAAUAGUCCAUGAAACUAGAAAGAAAGUAGUUUCAAAAGAUGUCGGGACAGGUUUGUUCAAAUUGUGGUGGAAGUGACAUUGACAUCGAUCAAGCUCGUGGCGAUGCUGUUUGCAUGGGCUGUGGGUCUGUGCUCGAAGAUAACAUUAUUGUCUCCGAAGUUCAAUUUCAAGAAAAUAACCUUGGUGGAGCUAGUGCUAUCGGGCAGUUCGUCUCAGCUGAGGGAAACAAGGCUGGAGUUGGCUUAGGAUCCGCCUUUCGUCAUGGACUCGGCCAGGAGUCAAGAGCAGUGACGCUAGAAAAUGGAAAAAGAAGAAUAAAUGCUGUUGGCCAUCAGCUGCAAAUGAAUCAACACUGUAUUGAUACAGCUUACAACUUCUACAAACUGGCAGUUAACAAGCGUCUGACAAGAGGCAGGAGAACAAACCAUGUUGUAGCAGCAUGCCUGUACCUUGUAUGCAGAACUGAGAAAACUCCUCACAUGCUUCUUGACUUCAGUGAUGUUUUACAGAUUGAUGUUUUCACCUUGGGUAGAGCAUACCUAAAGCUGGCCCAAGAACUUUAUAUUAACUUGCCUGCAGUUGAUCCUUGCCUUUACAUCCAUCGUUUUGCACACAAGUUAGAAUUUGGUGACAAGGAGCAUGAUGUUGCUAUGACAGCAUUGAGAUUGGUAUCAAGAAUGAAGAGAGACUGGAUUCAUCAUGGGCGUCGGCCUUCUGGUCUCUGUGGAGCUGCUCUUUUAGUGGCAGCAAGAUUGCAUGGUUUUAACCGAACAGUGCGUGAAGUGGUUAAAACUGUUCGUAUAAGUGACACUACUAUAAGAAAGAGGUUGGGGGACUUUCGUGACACGCCUUCCAGUCAGCUGACCAUUGACGAGUUCCAAACAAUUGACCUUGAGGAGGAACAGGACCCGCCUUGCUUCACACAAGCAAGGAAAAGAGCAAAACAACAACUUGAGGAGUUAAACAAACCCGAAAUUACUUCAGAGUUGGAAUCCUUUCAGAAGUCUAUUGAAAAAAUUUUAGGAAUAGAUUCAACAAGGGAAAACGUACACCCAGAUGAUUUGGAUAAGAUCUCUGAAAGAGAAGACAUUUCAAAGGAUUCUAGUGAUGGUUCUUUCUUAGUUAUUCCUUCCUACAGCACACCUGAUUUUGUAUCAAACAGUGAUAUCAAUAAAGAUAAUGAAAAAGGUGAAGUGUGUGAGGAGCUGGAUCUAACUGGCUUAGAUGAAGCUGAACUUGACAGGUGUCUUUUAAAUGAAAGUGAGAUUGAGAUAAAAACAAAACUUUGGAUGGAAGAAAACAAGGAAUAUCUACAAAAACAAAAAGAAAAGGAAGAAAAGGAGGCGCGGGAAAGAGAAGAAGGAAAUAAACAAGAACCGAAAAAGAGAAAAAAGCAAUAUAAGAAAAGAGUACCGACUGGUCCAGCCAGCACUGCAGGCGAAGCCAUUGAGAAGAUGCUGGUUGAAAAAAGAAUUUCCAGCAAAAUAAACUACGAAGUGCUCAGGGAUCUGGAGACUAGCCAAUUAAGCAUGCCCAGUACCCCGGUGACGUCAACUCCUAAACCGGUUUUACAGCUUAAACAGGAAUUUUUGACGCCGCGUGUACCCACUAGAAAAGGAGGAAGAAAGAGAGAUUCUUCCACUCCAAUUGUCUCGCCCCUGGACACCUUCAAGAAACCAAAGCUUGUUCAGCCUCAAGAAUUGGCAAAGAUGGAAGAUAAAAAAGAUGUCGUUAUUGAAAGCGGGCCAGUGGAGUAUGAAAAAACCGACGAGACCAACCCUGUGGGGGAGGAGGAGGAGGAGUUUGAUGAACUGGAAGAGGAGGACGAGGAACCAGUGAGCGCAGUUCAGUUAAUGGGACACUUAUAUGAUGCCAAUGUCGACGACGACUACGGGGACUUUGAAGAUUAUGAAUAGUGGUUUCGUCAAUUGCUGCCUCAGUACUGGAUCUCAAAGCCUUCAAUCGAGAAACAUCAAUGGAAGAAAUUACCUCUUGGUCUAUCUUCCUGACUACAAACUUUGACCGUUUGAAACCAACCAGAAGAUUUGUAGUCUGCAUUUCUGAUAUGAUUACGUCAGAUUACCUAGACGACAUGCAUCCUCGUUUCCAGAGAGGACCCUGGGAACGAGGUUGGACGACCUGCUGUUGUAAAAGAGCAGACGCGAACAGUUUGCGAAAGCAGGGCGUAUUGAGAGUGACGUCAGUGAACAAUAGUUCAUCUGCAAAGUGCGCAUUUUCGAUAUGUUUAGGUGUGAAGAGCUGGGGCGAGCACAUUAGGGCUUGCCAUUGCUUGCUGGUGGAUUGUGCAUAAUUCAUCCGAUUAAGUAAGCGGCGGAGAGCAAGAAAUUCGAACAAAUGUAAUUUGGAAGAUGGUACAAAAAGUAAAUGGUGUAACGAAAUUAUUUCAACAAACAUAAGCAAACAGCUCAAAGAAAUAUAUUUAAUUUUUUUCAAUACCUUAGUUUUUGUGGUUAUUGUAAUAGAUUUGUGCUCAUGUCGCACUCCGCCUAUUGCUAAACAAACGUGCAGUGUUUUUUGAAUCGACGCCUAAAGCAAGCGGCGCGUCAGUCGAAAUGAUGAGACCUGUCUCAUUUGAAACACCGUCUUUUUCAUUAAGAAGUUUUCAAUAUAUUGUCAGGUUUAUUGUAAAUCUGAGUGAGAAAAUUUCUCAUAAGUGCUUCCGUAGCUGUGUCGGACAAAAUAAAUGACAGAACAUAAUUAUCUGAACCUAACUUAAUAGUGAUUCUGCUAAAAGCAAAAGAUAAUUUAAUUAAAAAGAGGACUAACAUUGACGUGACAGUUUAAAAGUGUGGCCCCAGUGUUUUACAGGUAACACGAAUUUUCUUUCGGUAGACGGUUGGUUAUAUUUAACCAUUUGUUUCAAGACCGUGAAAACUACCCUAUAAUUGUAAACAAUAAUAUUAUAAAGCCGCCACCUUGUAAUUAUUUAUUUAUUGGAAUCGCUCACGUAGAUAGGUUUCAUUUAGUUUUUAAAGAAAUCGUGUAAUUGAAACCAUUUACUUGUUUACAUAUUCAGAGAGGACUUUGAUCCUUGCAGAAAGAGUAGUAGGUCUAUGUGUAGAUGAAGUUAGAGCGAUGAGUUUAUGACAAUCUAUAAAAUUGACUGUAUAUUUGUUAUUCCUGAUUGCCGCUUCCUGUACAAGAACAGGUGCAA